CAAAAACCCAAUCAGACAAGUGGCCGUAAUCUGACUCCCAGUGCACUGGGAGCUGUGGGGCAGGCAAUGAGAGCUGCACUCUGGCCAGGGAAGGCAUGAGUGGCAGACCUGAAGCAAGGCAGUGGGGUAAGUGUGGACCUUUGUGUAGAAGAGAGAGCAUCAUGGUGGCCUUCAAAGGGGUCUGGACUCAAGCUUUCUGGAAGGCAGUCACAGCGGAAUUUCUGGCCAUGCUUAUCUUUGUUCUCCUCAGCCUGGGAUCCACCAUCAACUGGGGUGGAACGGAAAAGCCCUUACCUGUCGACAUGGUUCUCAUCUCCCUUUGCUUUGGGCUCAGCAUUGCAACUAUGGUACAGUGCUUUGGCCACAUCAGCGGUGGCCACAUCAACCCUGCUGUGACAGUGGCCAUGGUGUGCACCAGGAAAAUUAGCAUCGCCAAGUCUGUCUUCUACGUCGCCGCGCAGUGCCUGGGCGCCAUCAUCGGAGCUGGGAUUCUCUACCUCGUCACACCUCCCAGUGUGGUGGGGGGCUUGGGGGUCACCACGGUUCAUGGAAGUCUUUCUGCUGGUCACGGUCUCCUGGUGGAGUUGAUAAUCACAUUUCAGCUGGUGUUUACUAUUUUUGCCAGCUGUGAUUCCAAACGGACUGAUGUCACUGGUUCAGUAGCUUUAGCAAUUGGAUUUUCUGUGGCAAUUGGACAUUUAUUUGCAAUCAAUUACACUGGUGCCAGCAUGAACCCUGCCCGAUCCUUUGGACCUGCGGUUAUCAUGGGAAAUUGGGAAAACCACUGGAUAUAUUGGGUUGGACCAAUAAUAGGAGCUGUCCUCGCCGGUGGCCUUUACGAGUAUGUCUUCUGUCCAGAUGUUGAACUCAAACGUCGUUUUAAAGAAGCCUUCAGCAAAGCUGCCCAGCAAACAAAAGGGAGUUACAUGGAAGUGGAGGACAACAGGAGUCAGGUAGAGACUGAUGACCUGAUCCUAAAACCUGGAGUGGUGCACGUGAUUGACAUUGACCGGGGAGAGGAGAAGAAGGGGAAAGACCCGUCCGGAGAGGUGUUGUCUUCAGUAUGACUAGAAGAUGGCACUGAAAGCAGACAAGAACACUUAGAACUGUCCUCAGAUUUCCUUCCACCCAUUAAGGAAACAGAUUUGUUAUAAAUUAGACAUGCACAGGGUCAUUGUUUCUUGCCUCAUUAUUCAGUCUAGACAAGAAAUGUUUCACUAUUCUACCAAGGAGGAAUGGAAGAAACCUAUUGUGAAUUCCAAAUCUAAAAAAAGAGGUCUUUUUAAAGUGUCCCCAGAGCAAAUAGGCAUCUAGUUUAUCUUGUUGCCAUUCAUUAAUUAUCAGUUUAAAAUGAGUAUCAAGAUUUGGUUAAGUCUUGCCUGACAGAACUUAUAGACAUACCUAUCAGCUUAUUCCUCCUCUACCAUGAAACCGGUAUUUGUCAAUCCUUGUUUGAGUGUUUUUUCCAGUAAGCCAAAACAAUGUGCCACAGAAUCGUGCACAUUCAACAGAGGAAAUAUAACAAGCUCUUUUGUGGGCAGCCCCCUCUUAAAAACUACCUCGGCAAAAGAAUAUUAACAAGGGUCAUUGCUAAUGAAUUAUUUCCAUUUAUAUUUCAAAUACCCAGCUUUCAACCUGAACUCUAAUUCAUAAUAUUCCUUCCUCUUCUUCAGUGCCCAGGGUAAUGUGGAAAGCCCAGAAAUUUGAAGAAUGUUCGGAAACCCUUUAUAUUUUUUAGUUCUAUCUGAUAAAAUAUCCAAAUCGUAAGAAAUACCUAUAAAGAUUCAGGACAAACAGACUCACAGAUCUUAUGGGAGUGGAGGAAAAAUUACCAUUAUAAAAAAAUCAUAAGGAAAGAGGCAAUCCAUAUUCUGGAAUCAAAGAGUUGAUCUGUUUUCAGUGCGCAUCCUCAAAUACACCACAUGAGGUUAACAAUCUAUGCUUUUAACUACUUAACCAUUUUGCUUAUAUUUUUUAAUUUAUUGGCAAAACUAGGGGUUUUGUUUGUGACUUUGGUCAUCUAUAUUUAAACAUUAGCUGAGAUUUCCUUUUGAUAACAAGAACAUAACUAGCUGAAUCCUGACUUUUUGUGAUUAAGCUCUGCUCACUCUGAAAGAUAAAAACUGGCUGUCCCUGUCCCCGUUUCUGCACUCUGUCACUUCUCAUGAGAUUUGGUGAUAAUCUUCACCGUGCCUGUGAUGAUAUUUUAAUGAAUUAAAAUGCACGAGAGACAAGGAAGGCCAUGGUUGCAGACUAAAGGGAGAAGGUAUCAGAACACUCUGCAUUCAAAGCUGACUAGAUGACCAAUCGUUUAUUUGUAGAGAUAUUGUACAUCGUAAUGAAAUACAUCUUUAAAGUAUUUUCAUUAC